AGUCCUUUUCAGUGUGUUACUGUAGUUUUAGAGCAGAAUGGUUGGUGGUGGCAAGAAGAUAUCGGCUGUAUCAGCAAGAGCUCGUAGUAGAAGAAACAAAGCUAGAUCCUCUUCCUUCCCGCUCUUUCCAGUUGGGUGAGAGGUUCCGGCUGAAGAAAGAUAUCUGGGCUGCUGGGAAACGCAAAUAGUAUUGAUGUUUAUGUGUGGCGAAGGACGGUCAUGCAUUUCGUGGCUUUGUUGUAGUCAAACAUUUUUAUCCUUAAAGAAGAAUUUCUGGAGAUUUCCUACUGUUGACAAGAACAGAGAUUUGGUUGAUAGGAUUGAGAUAUAUGUUGACCAAGGCAGUGAUUGUGUUGUUGAUUAGUCUUCUGGUAUGGACUUAUCAGACUAUAAUACAGCCUCCCCCCCCGAAUAUUUGUGGACUUCCAGGUGGUCCUCCUGUUACUUCUCCUCGAAUCAAACUCAGCGAUGGAAGGUAUCUAGCUUACAGAGAGAGAGGGGUUGCCAAAGAGAAAUCUGAAUUCAAAAUCAUCAUGGUUCAUGGCUUUGACAACUCCAAGGACAUGGCUCUUGUAGCCUCUCAGGAACUAAUUCUUGAGUUGAGGAUAUAUUUUCUCUCCUUCGACCGCGCAGGGUAUGGAGAGAGUGAUCCGAAUCCAAAUCGCUCGGUAAAGAGUGACACAUUUGAUAUUCAAGAGCUUGCAGACAAAUUACAGCUAGGAUCAAAUUUCUAUGUGCUUGGAAUUUCCAUGGGAGGCUAUCCCACGUGGGGAUGCCUCAAAUAUAUACCAAACAGGCUAGCAGGUGCAGCUCUUGUGGUUCCAAUUGUCAAUUACUGGUGGCCUUCCUUUCCUUGUCAUCUAUCCAGGGAGGCCUACAAGAGACAACUUAAGCGAGACCAAUGGAAACUUCGGAUAGCCCAUUACGUUCCUGGACUCCUAUACUGGUGGAUGAGCCAGAAAUGGUUCCCAUCAUCUUCUUAUGUGGAGAUAGUGCCAGAAGUAUAUGGCAAUAGAGACAAAGAAAUCUUGAAGAUGAUGUCAGGAACAUUGACUCAUAAUCAGACAGUGACAAGACAACAAGGUGUUUUUGAAUCUCUUCAUCGAGACCUGAUGGUGGGUUUUGGAAGUUGGGAUUUUGAUCCUAUGGAACUAAGUAAUCCAUUCCCACACAAUGAGAGUUUUGUUCACAUCUGGCAAGGUUUUGAGGAUCCAUUAGUGCCAGUUAAACUCCAGCAAUAUGUUUGCAGGAAGCUGCAGUGGAUUCGCUAUCAUGAAGUCACUGAUGGAGGACACCUGAUCAUGUAUGACACUAAUUUGUUUGAAGCCAUCCUGAGGGAACUCUUGCUUCCCUCCGGUGUAUGAGCUCGCAAGUGUCUGUUCCAAGCCCCUAACAAAUAAUGUUUCUGGUAGGAAAUGAUUGGAGGUUCCACCUAAUCGUAUGAUGGAGAACCAAUAAAGAUGGUAGACUAAUUCAGCCA